AGCACAAUGGCAGUUGGGGUCUGCAGGCAAAGACCCUAACUAUCCCCCCGAAGCUGUUCCUAAGCCUGCACUUUCCUGUUCCUGCUGAAUUGUUGCUAGAGGACUAUCCAGUUGAGCUGAAGAGUAACCUAAAACCUAAAAAGUGGAAAACUACAAUGAAAACUAAAAACUUCAAGAUGCCAUUAGCUUGCUAUGGGAGAACAUUCUCUAGAUUGUGUUUUCUUCUAGAACUGCUACUUGCUAUAUUGCUUGUCAUUAUUUGGAAGCAAAGCAAAGAGCAAUGCCAAUGUCCAGGAAUAGACAAAAAUGGAUUUCAGGAUGCUGAAGAAAAAGAGACCACCAUCCUGGAAAAUAUAUUGGCGAUGCCACAAAAUCCAAAUUUCACUGUUAUAGCAAGUGUGAUGGGUCCCUUACCAAUUCCAUAUAAGUAUCUCUUGGGAUAUCCUCCAAUUAAAAAAAAAUUCUUGACCAUUGGAAUCUCUGCUGUCCACAGAGAGAGAGAACAUUAUUUGCUGAGGACCCUUGAGUCCAUUUACAGUCACUGCAAGGGAGAAGAAUUAAACCUCAUAACAGUUGUUAUAUACCUAGCCAAUAAUGAUUCUAAAUUAAAUGAGCAAAAUGCCAAGGAAAUUGAGGCUCAGUUUGGUGAGCAUGUGAAUGAAGGGCGGCUACUUGUUAUAGAAAGCUCUUUAACUGGUUGUCCCCCCUUAAGUCAUAUGAAAGAAAUGUUCUUUGGUGCUCAGGGAAAAGCUCUGUAUCGAUCCAAACAAAAUGUGGACUAUGCUUAUUUACUUAACUUUUGUGCCAAUCUCUCUUGGUAUUAUUUGAUGCUGGAAGAUGAUAUUGUCUGUGCCAAUAAUUUUGUAUUGAUUAUACAAAAUCAUGUUAAAAAUGAGGUGAAAUCUUGGACCACUAUAGCAUUUUCAAGUCUGGGCUUCAUAGGAAAACUCUUUCAUAGUUCAGAUCUUAUUAAACUGGCCCGGUUCCUCUUGAUGUUCUAUGAUCAGAUGCCUGGGCACUGGCUUCUUGAACAUUUCCAUCAAUCCCAGAAUCAAAGAGAUCUUAUGGUCUUUAGGCCUUCUCUCUUCCAGCAUAUAGGUAGGGUUUCUUCAUUUCAUAAUGUAGAAACCCAGUUGCAAGAUGCAGAGUUUCAAGAAGAUAAUGAAGAUUUUGGAGAUUUCCCUACUGCUUCAUGUUUCACAAACAUACCUGUAUUUGCAGAUUAUGUACCAGAGAAAGUGUGCCCCCCUGCAAAAGGGCUUUUUUGGGGUAAGAAUAUUACAUCACAGAGUUUCUUCACUAUUGUUUUUGCAAGCCCAAUUGUUCCUCAAAAGAUUCAGAUUUACACAGGGUCAGCUGAAUAUAACCAGGACAUUCUCCUUUAUGGUUACGUAGAAAUUGGUAGACUUAAAAUUCAUACCCAUGAUGGUGCAACAUGUUUGCUUUUUGACCGAAUUGGGGAGUUUAACAAUGGGGUCUUUGAAAUUAAAGAUAUCAAUAGCAUGGAUGAUAUCGAUUGCCUUCGAAUACAAGCCACAACUUCACAAAAGCAAUGGCUACAAAUAAGGAGAAUUAGUAUUUGGGUGAGGAAUGAUUAACGUUCCCAUUCUGUUAUACUGCAC